UCUUCUCGCGAGAGUACAGCGGGAGGCUCCUGUUCGCUGGCUCUGCAACAGUGACCACUGGAACCUCAGCAGGCGCCGCAGCUGGAGCGGUAGUCGGGUGGCGCAGCCCGGAGUCGGCCUGAUCUGGGAGACCCUGCAGGGAGAGCGUGUCGGGUGCAGCCUUGAGCCUCCGAGUGCGUCCUUGCCCUUAGCAGGGCUUGUCCCCAUCGCCGAGGUCCUGCCGCUGCGGCUGACAGGGGCCGUGCGCGCGGGAGUCGGCCGGGUCGCGGCAACCGCACCUGCGCGGGCCACCAGUGCGGGAUUCCCGCCCUACCGCGUGGGCAACGAGGGCCAGGGAGCGGGUGCGGGUGCAGGCGGGGCCCCGGAGGGCCACCUCCUCCCCCCGUGGCCGCUGCUGGAAGAUGUCUCAGGAAAGGCCCACGUUCUACCGGCAGGAGCUGAACAAGACCAUCUGGGAGGUGCCCGAGCGUUACCAGAACCUGUCCCCGGUGGGCUCCGGCGCCUAUGGCUCUGUGUGUGCUGCUUUUGACACAAAAACUGGGUUACGUGUGGCCGUGAAGAAGCUCUCCAGACCGUUUCAGUCCAUUAUUCACGCCAAAAGGACCUACCGAGAACUGCGGCUGCUCAAACACAUGAAACAUGAAAAUGUGAUUGGUCUGUUGGAUGUUUUUACACCUGCAAGGUCCCUGGAGGAAUUCAAUGAUGUGUAUCUGGUGACCCAUCUCAUGGGGGCAGAUCUGAACAACAUUGUGAAAUGUCAGAAGCUUACGGAUGACCACGUUCAGUUCCUUAUCUACCAAAUUCUCCGAGGUCUCAAGUAUAUACAUUCAGCCGACAUAAUUCACAGGGACCUGAAACCUAGUAAUCUAGCUGUGAAUGAAGACUGUGAGCUGAAGAUCUUGGAUUUUGGACUGGCUCGACAUACAGAUGAUGAAAUGACAGGCUAUGUGGCCACUCGGUGGUACAGGGCUCCUGAGAUCAUGCUGAACUGGAUGCAUUACAACCAGACAGUUGAUAUUUGGUCGGUGGGAUGCAUAAUGGCCGAGCUGCUGACUGGAAGAACAUUGUUUCCUGGUACAGACCAUAUUGAUCAGUUGAAGCUCAUUUUAAGACUCGUUGGAACCCCAGGGGCUGAGCUUUUGAAGAAAAUCUCCUCAGAGUCUGCAAGAAACUACAUUCAGUCUUUGACCCAGAUGCCGAAGAUGAACUUUGCAAAUGUAUUUAUUGGUGCCAAUCCCUUGGCUGUCGACCUGCUGGAGAAGAUGCUUGUACUGGACUCGGACAAGAGAAUCACAGCAGCCCAAGCGCUUGCGCACGCCUACUUCGCUCAGUACCACGACCCUGAUGACGAGCCCGUGGCCGACCCCUAUGACCAGUCCUUUGAGAGCAGGGACCUCCUCAUCGAGGAGUGGAAAAGCCUGACCUACGAUGAAGUCAUCAGCUUCGUGCCUCCACCCCUUGACCAAGAAGAGAUGGAAUCCUGAGCGCCUGGUUUCUGUUCUGCUGAUCCCACUUCACUGUGCGGGGAAGGCCUUUUCACGGGAACUCUCCGACUCAUUCAAGUGCCUCUUGUUGCAAAGAUCUCCUCCAUGGUGGAAGAGGGUGUGCGUGUGCACGCAUGUGUGUUAGUGUGUGUGUGUGUCUGUCUUUGUGGGAGGGUGAGAGACUAUGAGCAAACUAUGCUCACAGUGACUUUCCAUGGAGUCCCAGACCCCUGUGGCAGCCUCUGCUUGCGCUUCCUGGGUCCGCUCAGGCAGGGGCUGCAUCACGUUAGGUUUCUUAAUGCGAAGUAAAAUUAUUAAAUGUCCCACAUCCCCAUCAUGCUUUUACCAUUUUGGCCUCUCCUGUGGCCCCACCUUGAUGGUGGGGGGCCGCCUUGACCACAGUGGCACAGAGAAGGCGUACAGCCAGAAAGGACCAACUGGCUCCUGCGCACUGGUCUAAGAUGAAUUGCUGUGUGAUUCUCAGAACUCAGCAGGUGUACCGAACUGUAAAUAUGUCUGUGCCUUAAAAGGAGAAGAAGUGUGGCUGGUAAGAGAUUGCCGCAGAUGAAGUUCUGAGCCAGGCGAGGAGUCGGCUUGUUGGACGGCCACUUGUGGAACUGGGAGCCCGCAGAGGCGCCGUGUGUGCACGUGUGAGCAUGCGUGUGUGGGCUGCCCCCAACCCCCAGGUGGUGUUGCCGUUUCUCUGCUCACCCCAGCUUCAGUGCAGAGGUUUCUUGAGUAUUGGACCCAGUAGCCAGAGCCAGUUCUUGCUGUCCGUGUACUUCCUGUGUGCUCUUUCUUCCUGGCAGAGUGACGAUGUGUUUGCACGUCUUGCUGUUUGAGCAUGCACAGCUGCUUGUCCUGUGUGCUCCGGGAGGCCCUGGUGCCAGCAGGUUUGCCAGUGAGGACUUCUUGGGAGUUCAGGACCCAUGUCACCUUGGCCGAUGCUGGGCAGGUGCAUCUUCUCUUCAGCCCCCAGUGCUAUUUUGUGUUGAACACAAUUGAUACUCAAGGUGCUUUUGAUGUGAAAAUUAUGAAGAAAUGGAACAGAUGGAUAUAUAGCAUUUUCUUUCUUGCCAUCUGGUUUUCAACAGACUAUUUUGAGGAGCCGUCACGGGAAAGGUAGGGCUUUUCCCAGGAAUAUCUCAGACUCUGGAAGACAAGUUGUUUUCUUCACUCCCAGUAACCAAUGCUAAGAAAUGCCGAAAAUCAAAGUGAAAAAUAAAAAUGCUCAGGAGGCCAGAACUCCUUUUGCUAUUUUUGUCUAAAUAUGGUUAUUUUUAAAAUAAAAGUAAUGGGGUGUCUUUUCCACCCUUCUUUGAAAAAGGGUCUUCUUGGCAGCUUAAUAUUGACUUCUUGGUCUCGGUUUAGGGAGAAAUGAAUUUUGUAUAUUGCAGGAAUCAUUUGAGAAUGUGAUUUCUUUAGAUGGGGAGAAAGGGCAAAUUAUUUUAAUAUUUUGUAUUUUCAACUUUAUAAAGAUGAAAUAUCCUCAGGGGUAGAGAAGAGUCGUUUUCAUAAUUUUCUGAAUUUCAGGCAUCUUGUGCUACAUAAGGGCCCAUGUGUUUAAACCUUUUGUGAAAUAAGAACGUAAAGCCACUUCCAGUGUUGGCCAUGUGACAGAGUCUUGUGCCGGGGCCAAGGUGUUUCCGUUCUGUCACGGCGCAGCGAUCGCGCACUCCAGAGGGACAGGGUAGGACCUGAGUCAGCUGGAGCAAGAAGGAAGGAGGCAGGCUGGUGGUGGUGACACCCCACCUGGGACUGUCCCCCUUAAAGGAAAAUGAAUGCAAAGCCCUCAUCUCCUUGAUGUGCAGCUCAAACCCUCACAGUCCACAGCAAGAUGAAUUUUGUCAGCAUGUUGGGUUGUAAAUGCUGGUGUGAUUUCCUAUGGAAGUGCUGCUCUGAACUCUCGUCAAAGCCUCUGCCGGUGUGAGUCUGUGUGUGGGGAGGCUGAGGGCUGCGGGGAGGCUGAGGGCUGCGGGGAGCCUGGGCUCAGCUGGCGCCUGAGGAAGUGCUCCUGGCCCUGCCGAUGCUCCGGCUCCUGAUUUCUCUGACCGGAAAGCAGAGGGGAGAAUGAGGGAAACUGCUAUUUUAUUUGUACUCAUGAACUUGGCUGUAAUCAGUUAUGCCAUAUAGGAUGUCAUACAUUACCACUGGUCAAAAUAAAGCCUAUUUUUCAAAUUUA